AUGUGGCUUCAAAGAUCAGGAAAUGUUGGGUCAAAGAUCGGUGCAGGUGGAAAUGGGUUUAUUGCACUUGCCGUAGACAAGGAGAAGGGAAGCCAAGCAGCUCUCAGGUGGGCGAUUGAUAAUCUUCUCACCAAGGGACAAACUAUUGUUCUAAUCCAUGUUGUUCUCAGGGCAUCCUCAUCUCCAUAUGGGGGCUGCCAAUACAUCAUUUGUGACAGCAACAAAGCAGCUGCCUCUCCGCACGCACAAAAACUUGAGAAGGAAACCAAGGAUCUAUUCCUCAUCUUCCACUGUUACUGUGCUCGUAAAGACAUACAUUGCGUAGAUGUUGUACUCGAAGACACGGAUACAGCAAAAGCAUUGACAGAGUUCAUUUCCUAUGCUGCAAUAGAGAACUGUGUUCUUGGUGCGUCACGACAUGCAUUUAUUAGAUUCAAGACAUCAAGCACAUCGAGUAGUGUAUCGAAAGGGGCACCAGAUUUCUGCACUGUAUAUGUGGUCUCCAAAGGGAAAAUUUCUUCUGUACGAAAUGCUGCUCGUCCGGCUCCCUAUGUUUCCCCACUACUUGACCAUAUUCAGAAACUAAGUAACAGCAUUGUAAAAGCUCCUGAAACACCCCCCAGACGUAGCAUGAAUAUAAGUGAUAGGACAUCAUUCAAGCCUCGAAACUCAUGCGAUGACUCAUUCAGGCCACAAUUCACAAAAGGAGGAAGAGGUUUGAAUGUGAGGUCCCAUCUGGACAUGUCCGAAUCAGAUACUGACAUAUCCUUUAUAAGUUCUGGAAGGCCAAGCACUGAUCAGAUGUCUUCUUCCCUGUACGAUUUUUCUGAUUCGGCCCCAACCUCGCAGUUUUCAACCAGCUCAGAUCAAAGCACAGGAUCAAUACGGUUGGGACCCAAGUUCAAUGAUCCCAACUUUUUGCACGAUUUAUCAUUCUCACGGGAGAGCAGUAGAACAUCAUCUUCAUGGUCGUCUCAAAACAUGGUAACGGAUGAUGUGGAAACUGAGAUGAGGAGGUUGAAGCUAGAGCUAAAGCAAACAAUGGACAUGUAUAGCAAAGCAUGCAGCGAAGCCCUUACAGCAAAACAAAAUGCAAUGGAGCUGCAACAUUGGAGACUUGAAGAGGAGAGAAAAUUAGAAGAGGCAAGACUGUCAGAGGAAGCUGCACUGGCAAUAGCAGAGCAAGAGAAAGCCAGGUGCAGGGCAGCCAUGGAAGCAGCUGAUGCAGCAAAGAGGAUUGCAGAGUUGGAAUCACAAAGAAGAGCAAACGCAGAAAUCAAAGCUCUCAGAGAAGCAGAGCAAAUGAGGAAGGUAUUAGAUAGUCUAGCCAAAAGUGAUAUCAAAUACAGAAGAUACACCAUCGAAGAGAUUGAGGAUGCAACAGAAUCCUUUGCUGAGUCUCGCAAGAUUGGGGAAGGAGGCUAUGGCCCUGUCUUUAGGUGUUACCUUGAUCAUACGCCGGUUGCAGUCAAGCUUUUGCGUCCAGAUGCUGCUCAAGGGAGAUCACAAUUUCAGCAAGAGAUUGACGUACUUAGCUGUAUACGACAUCCCAAUAUGGUACUCCUUCUAGGAGCAUGUCCUGAGUAUGGCAUCCUAGUCUAUGAAUACAUGGCUAAUGGAAGUUUAGAUGAUCGCCUUUUCCGGAAAGGAAACAGCCCGGUUCUCUCUUGGCAACACAGGUUCAAAAUUGCAGCAGAAAUCGCCACUGGGCUACUCUUUCUCCAUCAGACAAAGCCAGAGCCGCUGGUACACCGUGACCUCAAGCCAGGAAACAUUUUGCUAGACCACAACUAUGUCAGUAAGAUUAGUGAUGUCGGAUUGGCAAGGCUUGUACCUGCAGUGGCUGAAAAUGUAACACAGUACCACAUGACGUCAACAGCUGGAACGUUCUGCUAUAUUGAUCCAGAAUAUCAACAAACAGGAAUGCUUGGUGUAAAAUCUGAUAUCUAUUCCCUGGGAAUCGUGCUUCUGCAAUUGCUAACAGCCAAGCCACCGAUGGGCCUGACUCACUAUGUUGGAAACUCUAUUGAGAAAGGCACGUUCACAGAGAUGUUGGACCCAGCUGUGACCAAUUGGCCAGUAGAAGAAGCCUUGUGCUUUGCAAAGCUAUCACUUCAAUGUGCAGAGCUCAGACGAAAAGACAGGCCAGAUCUUUGCAAGGAAGUACUGCCAGAGCUCCUUAGACUGAAAGAACUAGCUGAAGAAAAGAUGAACCGCGUCCUUUUAGGUGGCAGUGCUGGCCUCUCUCCAAAUCACAGCGCUGUCUUAGUGCAACAGGAUGUUAUGAGUGAUCCACUCCUUGUGGACUCAGGAAUCUCAAAGAGCAGAUCAAGCACAUCUUCCUUAAAGGAAGACAGUCAGGCAUAGAUCGGUAAACGUUUUGAGAAAAAAGCAUGUAGAUCAAGUAUGAAAGUUGCUUUAUUUACGUUGAUUCACAUGAUAUUGCUAGCAGGUCAAUGUGAGUAACUUGAGGCUGAAAUUUGUUCAAUAAAUCAAAAUUUGGUCCAUAUCAGCAUAUGAAAUUGUUCAACUUACUACAUAGACCAGGCGCUUGUUCUUUCUUCGACAAUAUAUUCACAUACUGAGAAGAUUCAGAAGGCUUCCUCUAACUUGAGGUUUCUGUUUUGGAAAUUGUGUUUAGAAAGUGAAAAUUUGUUUUUGUAUAUAUAAUGAUGGACAAUGAAGUGCAAUAAA